UUUGUAAUUCUCCCCUUGUGUUUGUGUGUGAGAGAGAAAGAGACAGUGUUACUAAUGUAAUGGCGUGGCCACUCUGGAGACAGAAGAACACCAACCCCAAAUGAUUUUCUCUGUAAAUUCUUCCCUUUCCUCAGUUCUACUACUGAUAUACUACUCCUGCUGCUAGUACUACUACUACUGUUACUACUUGAAUUUUUACUAUUUUCUUGAUAUAGAGACUCAAAAUUUCUUUGUUUCUUCUAUCUGUCUCUCUCUAAGACAAGACCAUGUCAGCACUAUAGCAGCAAAACAUCCUCAUUUCUUGAUAAAGCACCAUUCUUGUUUCCUUAAGUUGUGAAAUUUGGAAUUUGUAUCUUGUUUGCUGCAAGAAUCUGCCUCCCACCGACACCAUGGCUACAAAAUCAAAAUCCACUCUGGGGGAAAAUCCUAACAAGUCAACACCAGCAACUCCUCGAGACCGGGUGAGCAAAUUGAGCAGGGGACUAUCAAAAUCUGAUGCUGAUUCGACCUCACCAUUGCAGAAUUCACGCCUUCCAGUUGAGAAAUCUCCAAGAUCUGUUACUUCCAAGCCUUCUGUGGAACGGCGGUCCCCUAAGAUCAGUACCCCACCUGAUAAAAAGCCAACGCGGAUCCUGAAGCCAUCAGAGCUGCAAGCUGAAUUGAAUGUUGUUCAUGAAGAUCUUAAGAAGGCAAAGGAGAAAUUAGCUUUGGCUGAGAAGGAGAAAGAGAAAGCUCUUGAAGAAGUGAAGGAAUCUCUGAAAAUGGCUGAAGAAGCCAAUGAGAAGCUGAGAGAAGCUAUGGUGGCCCAAAAGCGAGCUGAAGAGAACUCUGAAAUUGAGAAGUUCCGUGCUGUUGAGAUGGAACAAGCAGGCAUUGAAGCAUCUCAGAAGAAAGAAGAGGAAUGGCAGAAGGAGCUCGAAGAUGUGAAGAACCAACAUGCUUUGGAUGUUGCUGCUCUCCUAUCCGCCACCGACGAACUUCAACGGGUAAAGCAAGAAUUAUCCAUGACUUCUGAUGCCAAAAAUCAGGCACUCAGCCAUGCUGAUGAUGCCACAAAGAUUGCUGAAAUGCAGGCAGAGAAGGUGGAAAUUCUCUCUGCCGAGUUAGUGAGACUGAAAUCUUUGCUUGAAUCUAGGAAUCAAAGUGAUUCUAGCGAGAAGAAUAAGUUGGUGGAAGAUCUGAAACAUGAGAUAGUAGCACUGAGAGAAGUAGAUAAUGAGAAGAAUAAAUUGAUGAAAAACCUGAAACUUGAGAUAGAGGCACUGAGAACAGAAGACAGCGAGAAGAAUAAGUUGUUGGAAAAUCUGAAACUUGAGACAGAGGCUCUGAGAAAAGAAGAUGAUGAGAAAAAUAAGUUGUUGGAAAAUCUGGAACAUGAGAAAGAGUCACUGAGAAAAGGAGAUGUUGAGAAGAAUAUGUUGUUAGAAAACCUGAAACUUGCGAAUGAGGUAUUGAGAAAAGAUGAUGGUGAGAAGAAUAAGUUGCUGGAAAAUCUGAAACUUCAAAUUGAGGCAUUGAGAAAAGAAGAUAGUCAGAAGAAUAAGUUGUUGGAAGACCUGAAACUUGAGGUAGAGGCACUGACAGAAGAACUCGAGGAGGCAAAAAGUUAUGAAGAGAAAUUGGUGGAGAAAGAAGCUCUCCUGGAGCAACUUAAUGUCGAUCUGGAGGCUUCUAGGAUGGCUGAAUCUUAUGCACAUAAUCUAGUGGAGGAAUGUCAGAAGAAGGUUGAGGAAUUGGAGGCACAGUCUAAGGAAGCCCGUCAUUUGGAGAGGUCUGCGUCUGAAUCGCUGGAGUCAAUCAUGAAACAGCUGGAAGGAAGUAAUGAUUUGUUACAUGAUGCAGAAGCUGAGAUUGCUUCUCUCAAGGAGAAGGUGGGCCUACUGGAGAUGUCAGCGACAAGACAGAAAGGGGAUCUUGAGGAAUCAGAACGCCGUGCUCAGGUUGCCAGGGAAGAAGCUUCUGAAAUGUCAAAGAAGGUUGAGUCGCUUAUUGCUGAGCUUGAAACCGUGAAAGAGGAGAAAAGUCAGGCUAUUGAGCAUGAAAAACUAGCGGCAGAAAGUGUUCAAUCCCUGUUGGAAGAAAAAAAUAAACUUAUAAAUGAGUUGGAAAGUUCCAGGGAGGAGGAAGAGAAAAGUAAGAAGGCGAUGGAAAGUUUGGCAUCAGCAUUGCAUGAAGUUUCUUCAGAAGCAAGAGAAGCUAAAGAGAGGUUUUUGUCUGGCCAAGCUGAACAGGAACAUUAUGAAACACAAAUAGAAGAUUUGAAGUUAGUACUGAAAGCAACCAAUGAAAAGUAUGAAAACCUGCUUGAUGAAGCAAAAGAGAAAAUUGAUGACCUCACUACUUCAGUUGAACAAUCUAAGAAUGAUCACCAGAUUUUGAAGGCUGAGUGGGAGGACAAGGAGCUUCAUCUGAUGAAUUGUGUAAAGAAAACUGAAGAAGAAAAUUCUUCAUUGGAAAAGGAAAUAAACCGAUUGGUGAAUCUGCUAAAAGAGGCUGAGCAAGAAGCUGCUUUCAAAGAGGAAGCAGUUCAGUUGAAGAGUUCUCUAAAGGAAGCUGAAUCUGAGGUGACCUAUCUAAGGGAGGUUCUUGGUGAAGCAAAGGGUGAGAGCAUGAAGUUGAAGGAGUCCUUAAUGGACAAGGAAAAUGAAGUGCAGAAUAUUCUUCAGGAGAAUGACGAGCUUCGAAGUAGAGAGGCUGAAUCUUUAAAGAAAGUUGAAGAGUUGUCCAAGUCCCUCAAAGAAGCUUUGGCCAAAAAGGAAUCUGAAGAAAAUGGAGAACUUUCUGAAAGUGAAAAAGACUAUGAUAUGCUUCCAAAGGUGGUGGAAUUCUCUGAACAAAAUGGAGGAGGAAGAGUGGAGGAGAAGCCUAAGAUUGAAGUUAUGCCUCAUCAAUCUGAGCAAUCCCCUGAAGAAAAAUCUGAAGGAGUCAACAUCAUAUCGCAUGAUAAAGCUGUUGAGACCCUAGCUGAAGUUGAGAAGCCAAAUGGAGAACUGACUGGAAACGACAACAAAGAAAAGGAAGACGAUGAUUCAGCAGAAGGUGAGUUUAAAAUGUGGGAGAGCUGCAAAAUUGGCGACAAAGAUUUCUCUCCUGAAAGAGAGACAGUACAAGAGGAGGAAUCAGAUUCGAAGACAGAGGCUGGAGAGAGCUACGACCAGGUAAACGGAUUACCUUCAGCGGAAAAUCUUGAGAAUGGUGGCGCAUCUCCUACAAAGCCGCAAAGUCAGAAGAAGAAGAAACCUUUGCUUCAUAAAUUCGGAAGUCUACUGAAGAAGAAGGGCACCAGCAGCCAGAAGUAAUACACCGGUUGUCACCUAUCCCGUGCCUGACUUGUAGAGAGGUAUACUAAAUUCAAGAGUAAAUGUUGGACUUAAAUGUGUUUGCUCAAAAUCUUUGCUUUAUUUUCUCUUCUUUGGUUAUUUGUUUGUCCCAAAUAGGUGUUUACAUAAGAAAAAAGAUUGUAUCAUCCGUAGUGUUCCAUUCUUAUUAGUUCCUGGGGUUCAAUUUCUCAAUGUGGUUUUAUCAUGUUGGGCUAAUGUCCUUUAUUUUGUAUUAUUCUUUUUAGCUUUGUUCAUUUUCUAUACUUUUAGUUUCUGAUUUCCAUCAGGAGAAGAGAUGCUUUUUCCAAAUGUACUAUGAUAUGGUCUAGAAUUGGUCUUCCGUCCAUCGUCUAUAUCCUAGUUAACCUUGUGAUGUUCA